ACGCUCCAGCUUAGUCAUUACAACCAAAAUAUUUUGGGGUGGAAAAGCAGAGACUGAGAGAGGACUGUCAAGAAAACACAUUAUAGAAGGAUUGAAGGCAUCAUUGGAGAGACUGCAGUUAGAAUAUGUGGACGUAGUGUUUGCAAACAGACCAGACCCCAACACACCCAUGGAAGAGACUGUGCGAGCGAUGACCCAUGUGAUCAAUCAGGGAAUGGCGAUGUACUGGGGAACAUCACGCUGGAGUCCGAUGGAAAUCAUGGAAGCGUACUCUGUGGCCCGACAGUUCAACCAGAUCCCACCAAUCUGCGAACAGUCAGAGUAUCACAUGUUCCAGAGGGAGAAGGUGGAGGUGCAGCUUCCCGAGCUCUUCCAUAAGAUCGGUGUGGGUGCGAUGACAUGGUCCCCGCUGGCCUGUGGGAUAAUCUCAGGGAAAUACGACAGCGGGGUGCCAGCCUACUCUCGCGCCUCACUGAAGGGCUACCAGUGGUUGAAGGACAAGAUCUUGAGCGAGGAGGGCCGACGCCAGCAGGCGAAGCUGAAAGAGCUGCAGGCAAUCGCUGAGCGGCUGGGCUGCACGCUGCCACAGCUAGCCAUCGCGUGGUGCCUGAGAAAUGAAGGUGUGAGCUCUGUGCUCCUUGGAGCCUCCAGCACGGAUCAGCUCAUGGAGAAUAUAGGAGCAAUACAGGUUCUUCCAAAGUUAUCCUCCUCCAUCGUGCACGAGGUGGACAGUAUCCUGGGCAACAAACCCUACAGUAAAAAGGACUACCGCUCCUAGUGUGGGACGGGACGGGACGGGACCAGAUGCUCCACACCCACCUUUGCCUGAUCCUCCGUUCGCUUCAGCUUUUACUGAAUGAGUACCGGCCGCAUGAGACGGGCAAGCACCCACAAACCCUGGAGAGCAAGACUUUUAGAACACAAAGGGCAAGAAACGUAAAAAAAAAAAAAAAAAAAAAGACACAUCACUGACUGAGGGGUUGACAUUCAGGAUAGAGAGCGAUGCAUUGAAGAUAUGUGCUUACGGAUUCUUCUGUAUGAGUACUUUAAAACCAGAUCAUUAGGGUAAUUCAGAACAAAAUGAAAAAUAAUAUGCUUAAAAAAAUGUUUUUUUAAAUGACAUGCUUGCUUGAUUAAUGGAAAUAUUAAGUUUUUCUCUUCUUUUUUUUUCGUAUUGAAUGCAUAAAUGGAGCUCAAGCUGAAAUAGG